CACUCUCAUACAGUACAUUACAAGCAGUGAGAGAGAAGAAAGAGAGCUGCUUUAUACAACCAUCCGCCAGGUGACGACAUUUCGCCACAACAACAAACUUGCAUUAAAAACAAACAAAAUUGUUCCUUUUCAGUUCGUAGUUAUUUCGGUUUGUUCAGCAGUAUAGCUUAAUUUUUAAUUCUGGUAAGGCUUUACCAAUUAAGCGGAGAAAAUGCAGGCUCUUCGAACCUGUGCGCUGUGUUCGAUGGAGGGACUACUAUGUGGUCGGACCGACUUCCUGCAUCUUCGGAGCAACAUGGCGGUAUUUGCGCGAGGGUUGUACUCUGUUGGUUUAUUAAGGAAUACGGCAUGCAUACUAAGCAGCAGGAGACCUACGCGACGGAAGCUGCCCCAGUGGACACGAGCCCUAAGCGUCUCCGGGGGACUGUGCGCUCUGCCGUUCUAUAAGCAAGUGGAAGACCUUUCUCAUGAAGCCAUAAUACGCAGAGCGUCAUCACUGGUAACAGACAGUGCCAACACCUACCUGUCCCAGACCACCCUGGCUCUUGUGGAUGCCCUCACACAGUAUACCCGAGCUCUGCACACGCAGAUCGCUCUGCAGAAAAGGUACCUGACGUCUCUUGGAAAGCUCACCGCAGACGAGGAGGAUGCUGUUUGGCAGGUGAUAAUCGGCCAGCGUGUGGAGGUGGGUGACAAGCUGGAGGAGUGCAAGCGAUAUGAGGCGAACUGGGCGAAUGCCAUCAGCCUGUGCGAGUUGGCUGCUCAGGCAGCACACAACGCAGGGGCAAAUGAGGCAUCUGCAACAACCCAGAGUAACCUGCAGGUGGCGCAGUCACAAGUGGAGCAGGUUCGGCAGCUGUCACUGGUGGCGGAGCGGAAGCUGGCAGAGACUAAGGCUGAGGAGAUCCAAAGGGUUGCUGAGUUUGCGGCCAGUAUGGAGAAGGGCGGGGAGGAUCUGCCGGAGGCCUACCUUCGAGAGGACUGAUUGUAAUAACCCAAUAAUCCCACCCCCCUCGCCCCUCGCCCCUUACAGAAAAGUCAGCUUGUCCAGAGCAUUGGUGGGUACAUAGUAGUGUAAUGAUUGGGCCCACACGUGAAUGAAAGAUCUACCGUAUGGUACAGACAGUUUGCUUUUACUUGCCCAGAAUGGACUUUUCUGCAAAUCAAUGUUUUAUAUAAAAACAAAUCUUUGUUACUAUAAAUUUGUUUGGAAAGAUCCAUUUCUUGAUGCAGGCAGAAAUAUUGAAGAACAUUUAAGUUAAUGCUCAGCUAUAGAGCAGUAUACCUGUAUAGGGAGCAAUGUGUGGCACAGCAGGUUAGGACGCUGUACCCGUGGUCGGUGGUUCAAAUCCCAGGGUCAGUGGGGUGAUGUCACUGUUGGGCCCUUGAGCAAGGCCCCUGACCCCCCAAUCACUCCAGGGACCGGCUCAUACUACUUCCUAAAUUGUAUGUCGCUUUUGGAUUUAGAUCAGCUUAAUAAAUUCAAAAUACAUGGAAGUAAUAGACUAAAUAAUGCUAAGAUUUCUUAUAACAGAAGUUAUAUACAGUUAAUACUUCCUGUUUAAUGCAAAGGAAGACCUGCAGUAUGCAAUAAUUGUAUUUUUGAUAAUUUUUUGGGAUGCGACUGUAUUCGGCUGUGUGUGUAUGUAUAUAAAUGUGUGUGUGUGUGUGUGUGUGUGUGUGUGUGUGUGUGUCUUAGAUGCUUGUGGCCUGGAUCUGGUCUGGACUGUGUUAUAAUUAUUACAUUGUGAGGACCAAAUUUCCCCGCAAUGUGAUAAAAACCUAUUAUUUUGACCUUGUGGGGACAUAUUUUUUUGGUCCUCACAAGGAUAACCUCAAUUAUAUAAAAAUCUGUGACUGCAGUCAAAAAAGUUUUGUAUUUUGUUUAUUUACGUAUGAGUUAGUUUAGGACUGAGUAGGGGUUAAUGCUGUCAUGGUUGGGAUUAUGGUUAUGGCCAUAGAAAUGAAUGGAGAGUCCCCAUAAGUGUAUGAAUAUGUGGAGUCUGUGUGUCUCUGUAUGUGCGUGUGCACUGUGGACUCGCAUUCUGUCAGGGAUAUACCCUAGACUGCCAUAGGCUCCACUCAUGCAAUCAGCUGAACAUGAAAUAAAGAAAUUUAUAUGGAUAUAA